AAUAACACUAGACAGAACAUAGAUGAAAGACAGAGAGAGACACAAGGCGCUCCAGGAUCUACAAAGUCAAAAAUCCACAGGAAAACAAACACCUCCAUACGAUAUACAUAGAAAUGUGUAUAUAUAAUACUUAGACACCAAAAGCGGUUCACAACUUGGAUGCUUUGAGGUAAUUCUUAUCAGAAGGUCCACUGAAGGAGUGCGGAGUCAUUUCCAAAUGGCGGGAAACAUUGUGCUCAAAACAGUCUCAGCACGCACAGGAAGCCUUCACCUUGCCUGAGUCAGUCGUGGUCUCCGAUGGAAUCUGGCUACUACUCAGAGAUGGAGAAUCUGGAGUCAGCCCCUCCCCAUGCCCCGGACACUCCCAGCCCCUACAACCAGGGGCUGCUCCAGAGAACCAGGACGGGCAGAAGCCGACCCAGCGCCACCGGUCGGAGGAAGAGGGAGUUCAUCUCCGACGAGAAGAAAGACGCCAGCUACUGGGAGAAGAGGCGCAAGAACAACGAAGCCGCCAAGAGGUCACGGGAGAAGAGGAGGAUCAGCGACAUGGUCCUGGAGAACCGUGUGCUGGCACUGAACGAGGAAAAUGUCCGGUUGAAGUCAGAGCUGCUGGCUCUGAAGCUGAGGUUUGGCCUCAUCACCACUGCCGCAUACACAGAGAAGAGUCGGCAGCUGGCUGGGUCAGCGGUGGGCCCCUACUACACCACCUAUUCCAACAGCUCCACCGUGCUCCUCCAGUCCGACUCCUCGGAGAACGAGCACUCGAGUCAAAGGAGUGGGCUUGCACCCAUGAGCAAGUAUUCACCCAGGGGAUCCCUCUCUGAUGUUUCUGAUGGGUCGCUGAGCGCUGGAAACAGCCCAGAGCCCACGAUCCAAGGGGACAUCAGGCAAGAUGACAACUCAAUGGACAGGGAUCUGAUGAAGGACAUGAAGGACGUCAUGAAUGUUCAGGUCACUUUUGGAGAGUCAAUGUCUCUGUUAAGGAGCUAUGAUGAUAUUGAAUUCAUAAGUUACAAGGAGCCAGUUAAGUACAACUUUGUGGCCAGGGACAUUAUUCAGUAUGGAGCGCAAGGCUGUGUAGAAACAGUGGACUCUCAUCCUACCCAGAGGGAGGACUUCCGUCUUCUGUCCUCUGUGCCUCAGGCCCACGGGAGCCACAGGGUGGACUGCCCCCCGAGGGUGGGCGGCGGGGCUGCUGCCACUCCGAGCGAUGUGACGCGGCAGUACGGCCACGAGCCGUUGGCCGUGGGGGCGCGGAAGGAGCCAGGCCAAUGCAGGCCCAGGGACUGCGCAGUCGAGCCGUGCUGGGGGCCUGCUUAUGAGCACUUGGUCAUUGAACGGCUGCAACAUACAGAUCCACGCCAGAACGAGGCGGGUGAACACACUGCGGACCAGAACCCGGAUGAGAUUCCACAACAUUCCCUCUCCCAGAGCUUUACUCCAGAGAAUCAGGAGCCGCUGGAAUGCUCCCUGACUCCCUGUUCUGUUAUUGAGGCACCUCGAGUGUUUGAUCAGGGCCUGCUGGCACAUUCCAACGUCACUGCGGAUAAGGUGUCAGACGGCACCCUUUCCGAAGGCUCAGACAGUGACAGUCAAGACAAGGUGGACAGGCCUGGCUACGACACUGCGGCACACUCUGAUUCCCCCCAGAUGCUCAAGAGAACGGCCCUUCCUCAUAAGCUCCGCUUGAAAGUCAGAGCGAUUCAAGGUGGUGAACAAGAUAACGGGCAGGACCAUUCACGUCACGUUCGUGGUCAAGGGGCUUCACUGACCCCCUGCAAUGGCUCCCAUCACAAUGGGUGUAUCGUGAAGAGUUAUGCCGCAGCCCACGGGAAGCGAGAUCUCUGGAGUGAAUCAGGGCCUCUAGAUGUUAAAGCAUCUCAGUGCCAGCCGGGAGUGUUAAGUCAGUUUGAGCAACAUACUCCCAAAGGUUCCAAUAAUCUCCAGAGUGACCAAACCACGUCAAAGGACCCUGACCACCACACUGUAAAUGUAGCUUGCUUUAAGGCAUUUGGCGUUAAAGCCGCACAAUCAGCUGAGACAUCACCAGGCCACGAGGGGUACAAUUUAACCAGCCCCAUUCAAGAUCAAAACAUGGCGAAACUUGGGUGUAGAGCGGUGAAAUAGGACAGUGGUUCGUCUGAAUGUCCGAGACUACUAAAUAGCAGCAAUGUCUCCAAGCAGGGGAUAUCUCUCAUCUUCUUGCUGAGUACCAGCACAGUAAUGUUAGAAAUUGUCCAUCCCUGGACACAGGUCGACACUGGAGUUUCUUUCUGGACCAGAGUUGGUGUAUCCAUAUCCUUUACUCUUUCAGGGACUGAUCCACAUUGAUCGGAUUAUAAGGAUGCAAACUGAGCCAACACCUGCAUUCACCAGGUUGUUCCAAGACUGAGGUGACAAAUCUCACCAAGCAGUAGACAACCCGGACUCUUGUGUCUAUUAGUUCUUAGUCGGGUCUGUGAAGAUCUAAAUCCAAAACCAGCAAGGCCGUUAUGGCAAGGCCUCAAGUCUGUUCUUUGUUGAUUUACACUGUUGGCACUCUAGUCACCGUUCACUCCUGGGUGUCAGUUUGGUUCAGUUGGCAGGGUUCAUGCCCAGGCAUUAGGAGAUUGUAGAACAUCAGCAAUUAACUAGGUGGAUGGAAGGAAUUUGUAAAACAAGCUUCCUUGUGGUGUUUCCACGAUGAGCAUUCACACCAUACGGUUCAUAGCAGCCGUUCCAGACACAGCCUUACAGCCUCGACUGUGGCAUCUGUCCAGACGCACUCAACAGUUUCAUUACAAGUCUCAGUGGCAUGCUUCCCAGUCACACUCAAAGCAAGCACGAGAGCUGGUUGUCAUUCUGUACUUGGGUUGCCACAAGACAACGCACAGUGUUCCCCCCGGGUGUUCCCCACUCGCUAUUUCACCUUCCUAAACACUUGUGAAUUUCAGCCACAGACAGCUCAGUCUGACUUGAGCUUGCAGUUUCCAUCCCUUUAGCCCAGAUGAUGUACAGCAGAGGGUACAGACAAUAUUGACUUAAAGAUAAAAGGUGCUGGAAACAUUUCUGUAGGUCAGGCAGCAUUGACGGAGAGAGAAACCGGACGAAGGUUUAAAGUCGGUGACCUAUCCCAGAGUGGUCUGGUCCACAAGUCACAGAUAUGAGUUGGAAGGUCCUCCCGACUGUUUCUGUGAUAAUAAAAACAGAAAAUGCUGGAAACACAAAAGGUGUUCGACCCGAAACGUUAACACUGUUUCUCUUUCCACAGACGCUGCCUGAUCUGCUGAGUCUUUCCAACAUUUUCUGUUUUUAUUUCAGCUACACUGCUUUUGAUUUUCAGUGACCACUUCUAUGUCCAGCGUCCUGUACCUCACUGAGGUUAGAUUUGCCCAGACAGAGCUGGUGUUGUCCCAGACAUUAUACUUUCACCACGCAAAGAUUCACUAAAGGAAGAGAAGGCCCUCAUCUCCCUGUUUGAUAGACUCAAUUUUAGAUCCCAAAGUUGAAAGGGAAGAAUUUGAAAGCACCACUUUCUCCAUUUUACGUCAUAAAACCUACUGACUUAGUGUACAUUACUUCAAACUGCUGCAAUAAAUUCUGGAGUGUGGUGGCUUUGCUAUGCAGAGGCAAUAAUUUCAUUGUGUAAGGGUGUCAGUUGGAGUUUUGCAGUGUCCAGUGACUGACACACUGCCUUCUGCAGUCCAAACACACUGGUAUCACAGCUGUCUGCCACUGAACCAGCCUCCUGGCCUGAGUGUUUCAGCUCCGCACACUCCGAGAUCCCAGUGCAAAUUCCCCUCAUUUUCAAAGGGCCUUUACUUCCACAAAUUUUGUCUUAAGUACAUUUGUAUCUCACCACACACCGAACCUUUCAUGAACUGGUGGAACUGUCCAAAGGCUUAGAAUGUUGGUAUGUUCUGAAUAUACAUUUCUUAAAAACUCCCGGACAAGUCUGAAAGAGGUAACCUGGUGAAGUUUGAUUCAAGACAGCUGAAAUUGGGUUUAAUCAAAACAUUCGUCAUUUUUAAUGUUUGACCACUUCUAAAUUACUUGUACAGAAUCAUUUACUGACUACGUUGGUGUACACUGGUCAUAUCCUUGCUUAAAAUAAAAUUAAAAGCUCUUAAGAAGGUGUCUCUUGGUGGACAUCUGUCAAGAGAAAACUUCAUUAUGAGAGUCCCCAUAAACAGACUCAAUAGCAGAAGCUUGAAAAGGCAAUUCAUUUGAUUUGGAAGGGUGACCCAAUGCUUUAUAAACUCACAGAAAACCUAACAGAAACUUGAUCUGUGCCGAUGUAAAUUGCAUUUGAAAUUCCUGGAUCUACUCAGUCGUUUUGUGUGAGUUGGGCCGGGAGGCAGAUAUUCUUGCUCCCUGUGGUUGUCAGGGCUGUGUGUUCCACAUCGGGGUGGCCAGUCAUCAAAAGGUUAAAGAGGCCAAUCCAACAGAGUGCAGUGAACCUGACCCCACUGAUCUUGGAUUUGCAGAGUUACCAUCACAAGGAAUCAUGGUUGGAGCAAUUGCAGAGGUGUUAUUAGAAUGUUCGGAUCUGGGCUGCAUUCACCUGACUGUGGGAUCCAUCAGUGGUCCUACUGCCAAUGCCAAGGCCAGCAGCAGUUUUCUGGUGAUUGUCAAUCACCCUUUCACGUCAAUCAUUUCGGCUGUCCAAACAUCAACCACAUUGUGACCAGUUAUUCCCCCUUACUGUGUCAGUGCCUCAGAACAUGAAUUCUGAACUGAGUGUAUAGAAGUGAAACUGUACUAAAAAAAAGCAUGAGCUCUUUCAUGGCCAAAGAAAACAAUUAAAAAAAACUAUUUUGUUCAUCUAAUAUUUGAAUAAUAAAAAUGUGACCAACUGUUUGGUCUUGUGGUUUCCAUUGGCCAGAUAACCAGACCAUUCUGGACUUUGAUCACCCUAUGAGUUUCGGAGAGUACCAAAGGCUUCUGAGAGAUUGUCCCUCGCUGGUGCCCAACUUCACAGCUCUAGUGAACCUCUUGUACCUCACUGAAGUGGGGUCAUCCUAAUUUUUCACACCAAGCCCGCUGAUGAAUAUUUAUAUCUUUGAACCAGGGAAUUGUUACAGCUCAGAAGGAAGGCAUUCAGUCAAUCGAGCCUAUGCUGGCUUCGUGUAGGGCAAUCCCAUGUCCCAUUCUCCUGCUUGGUCCCACACCCUCUGGUGCCCAUCCAUUUCCCUCCUGACGGCCCUAAUUCAGUCCCACUGCCUCACAGAAAAAUCUUCCCUCACCCUUUCCCUUUGUAUAUUUUGCUCCAAAUUUUAAAUCUGUGUUCCUCAGGUCUUUGAACGUCCAUUUGUGGGAACAGCUUCCCCUUCUCCAAACCAGCGUUGAUGUUGUCCACCUCCAUCAAACCUUCUUCCCUUCAGAAAGAACAACGCCAGCUUCCCCGGUCUAAAACCCUGGAGCUGAAAUCCCUCAUCCCUGGAACGUUAGGAGAAAUCUGUUUUGCACCCUCUCAAGGGCUAUCACCUCCUUCUUUCAGUUAAGUGACCAGCACUAGAUUUGUUUUGUACGGGUUCAAGCCUGUGUAUAUGAAUCUCAGGGUCCCAACCAGUCUCUCAAUGUGCCCUGCCACAUAUCCAGUCAGGUUUCUCUGUUCAUGUACACCAUUCAGGUGUGCUGUUUGGUCUAUAUCGUUCUGGCUGUCACAUCUUAUCAAGGAGAGGGGACUUCAUCAAGCCAAUGUGAGCAAAUUCGUACUUUCAAGUGGAGAUACUGUAGUAGGGAGAUCGGGAGCUGAGCAAUCUCUCCUCAAACUGGAAGAGCUUCAACUAAUUGCCUCAUUUACACAUGAGAGACUUUGACCUUGUAUGCAAAAACCUUCUGGCCACAAAAUCAGCAUUGUAUAUUUGUUCAUCUGUUUGACAAUCUUAAAUGUUUUCAGAAGGUUCUCGUCUCACUGUGGGCCAUCCAUCCCGAGAGCACAGUGUCUAUUUAACUAGGUGUGUGCACUUUGUUUUGAUCAUUUACAUGUUACAUUGUUCAUUUUGACAAGGUGUAUAUAUUUAUAAACAGGAGAAGCAUCCUGGUAUUUCAUGUUGUUUGGUGUUAAUUGCAAAGCUUCUCCUUUCUGUCAAAGAUUUGACCUUGAAUGAUUUUUUUUACCGUCCCAUGUAAAUUAUGUAAAGAGCUGUCAGGUGCAUGUUGUAUAGCUUUCUACCUUCAUUUGGUUUUCAAACGACGCUGAAUUAAAAAAAAAGG